AUGAAGGCGGUGAUUAUGAUGGUGAUUACCCAGAUUUUGUGUUCUGUAAUGAUCAUAAUGUACAAGCUGGUUGCAGUGACUGGGGCGAACUUGAAUGUUCUCGUUGCCUAUCGACUCGUGUUUUCAGCUGCCUUUAUGGUUCCACUGGCUCUGAUAUACGAACGGAAAAGCAGACCAAAACUUACUUGGGUUGUGUUGUUUCAAGCAUUUCUCUGCGGCCUAUUUGGGGCUGCUUUGUCACAAAACUUGUACAUUGUGGGUCUCGCCCUCGCAUCACCCACAUUUCUUGCAGCCAUCUCCAAUCUCUCCCCAGCCAUUACCUUCUUGGUUGCUCUAUGUUUUCGGCAGGAGAAGUUGAUCAUGGGAUUUUCUGGCAUAGUCAAAAUUGCUGGAACCGUGGUUGGAAUAGGAGGAGCAUUGCUUUUUACUUUCUACCGAGGACCUAUAUUUACCAUUUGGUCCACUCAUAUUGACCUUCUACGGCAAUUUCACAACAGUAGUAGCUUCUCAUCAUCAUCCUCAAGCCACAUGAACAAUCCUGCAUUGGGAUUUCUGGCAGGCUUCGGCAGCAUCUUGUGCUUCUCAUUAUGGCUCAUAGUUCAGGGGAAGAUGAGCAAAAGAUAUCCUUUCCCUUACUCGAGCACGGCUCUGAUGUGCAUCAUGGGAUCCAUCCAGAACGUUAUUUUCGCGCUUUGCGUGGAGAGAGAUCGGAAUCAAUGGAAGAUGGGUUGGGAUAUUAGGUUGUGGACAGCUGCAUAUUCGGGAAUCGUGGUUUCCGGAGUGAGCAUGGUUUUGAUGUCUUGGUGUGUACAAAAGCGAGGGCCACUUUUUGUGUCAAGCUUUAAUCCACUUACCCUGUUGAUGGUAGCCCUUGCUAGUUCCUUGUUGUUGGGAGAAAAAUUUAGCCUCGGAAGUAUGUUAGGAGGAGUUCUAAUUGUGUGCGGGUUAUACAUGGUGCUCUGGGGAAAAAGCAAAGAAGGAUCAUCAUUGCUUGUACUACCCUCAUCGACAAUAGCUCCCAAGGAUUCCGAGUUCAUAGAUAGCGUUCCGGUCCCGGCGAGUGUUGGAUGA